CCAAUAGACGAAGAAGCGAUGCGUUUGACACGAUUUGUUGAAUUUGGACGAAAAAUAGUUUGUUUGGGAAAAAACUAUGGAAAACAUGCCAUUGAAAUGGGAGGCAAAGUACCAGAAGUGCCCCUCAUUUUCCUCAAACCCGCGACCGCUUAUGUGACCGAAGGAAACCCUAUUAAAGUGCCGGUCGGGUGCGGACAACUGCACCACGAGGUAGAGCUCGGAGUGAUUAUUGGUCGCAAGGGAUCAAACAUUAGUGAGAGCGAGGCUAUGGACUAUGUGGGCGGUUAUGCGGUCACUUUGGACAUGACUGCACGCGACUGGCAGUCAUUGGCUAAGAAAGAGGGCAAUCCAUGGUCUUUGGCCAAAGGGUUCGACACGUCGUGUCCGGUCGGCUCUUUCAUCCCGAAGGAAGCGAUCGGUGACCCGAACUCAUUGCAGUUGUGGUGUAAAGUGAAUGGAGAUAUGAAACAAAACGCCAGCACUUCCGAUAUGGUGUUCAAAAUUCCGCAAAUAAUUAGUUAUAUCAGUAAAUACUUCACUCUCGAGACCGGAGACCUGAUUCUGACGGGAACUCCAGAAGGUGUCGGUCCCGUCAGUCCCGGCGACACCAUUGAGGCCGGUUUGGGUGAUCUCUCGAAAGUGUCGUUUCAAAUACAGGCCAAUGAAUAGAUUAUUUGUAGUUAUUUUACAACUAAAAGAUUAUGUCUUGAAAUCAAUAAACGAAAUAAUGGUUUAGUUUCUCAAUAAUAAUGUGCUUCCAAUCAAUCAAUUAAAUAAUUCAAUCAUUUUUGGCAAACUUUUUUUGUUAUGGUUUUAAACAA